UAUUUUUUUGUUGAUUCAAAUUAAAAACAAAAUAUAUAGUAAUGUAUUGAAUGAUAGAAACCAAUGCAUUGAUUAUUAAUGUAUUUAUUAUUGAUUGAAAACAAUUGAUUAGAAAACAAGACAUUUAAUGAUAUUUUUGUUAUUUAUUUUUAAACAUCAAUUGAUGUAAACGACAAAUGAAGAUAAUAGUGGUUUUGUCGGCCAUUUUGUUGGCCCUAACGAUACCGAUGGCCGAGUCCGCGGACAACAAUAACAAAUACGACAUGAAUCAAGACACGAAUGGUUGGGUAGAUUUCGGUGAUAUGUUUAGCUAUGAUGUCAACACCAAGAGUAACAAAAACAAUCGGCGAGUGUCGACAAAUCAAGACUCUGAUGACAGCCAUUGUAAGUGUUCGGAUCAGAUAAAGACAUCGGUGGACAACAGUGACACCAAACCUGUUAGCGAUUGUGAUAGCAUUUUGGAUAAAUUGGAGAUUUGUGAGAAAGACAACCGAUUGCUUAACCAAUUGACACAAUCGUCGGCCUGUAAUCAGAGGAUUAUGGCGUUUGUCAACAGAGCACUUCUUAAGCUUAUCAAUAAGUUUAAGAUAUAUGAACAACAACUUAAUGAAGACAAGUAUUUAGAAAUUGCAACUCAAGUCUACGAUUCUAGUCUUCUUAUUGUCCAAACUUUUAUUAGUCAAAAUCAGUUUAAUUGUGAAAGAGUUGAUGAACUUGAAGAUGCCAUUUGUCAGGUGAUCGACAAUUUCUAUCUCAUUAAUCAGUCGAAGAAUUCAUGGUUUUAUCAAUUUAUUGAAAACCAUUGGUUGACAACUUUGCUAAUACUAUCAAUGACAUCAAUGGACAAGAAAUGUCAAGACUAUUAUAAAGCCUUAAUGGUUAAUCCGUUGUUCAAUAUUAAUCCAUUAGAAGCAAUCAGUCAUACGAUGUCAAGUGCUUUGUUUGCACCGAUCACUAUAUUUAUGGACAAAUUAGGUGAAGGCUUAUCAAAGUUUUAUCUUUAUUUCAAUUAUUUUGAAAAAAUUUUGAUUACAAUUCCACUCAUAUUAUUCAUUGCAUUAUUUCUUCUACUAUAUUGUGGUUUUACCAUUUAUUUUCCAUUUAAUAUGGGAUCUAUUUCAAGAAGUUCAUCUAGAAAUAGUAGAUAUGUGGAAACUAAUAGAUUUAUCAGUGAUUAUGAACCACAGAUUUCUAGAUAUUCACUUAAUAUGCCUUAUAAUAGUCAACCACUAUCUCUGACCCGACAAACCUUAAACAAUGUCAAUACUAUCAGUUCCGGUGACAAUCGUUUUGUAACUCAAGGAAUACGUCGAUCAAAAUCAUUGACUUUUUUGUCGCGUUUAUAA